AUGGAUGUGAAGGGUCAAACUUCAGACACCCUUAGUGCAAGAAAGGAUAUGGCACGUGUUUGCAAACGCCGGGAACUGGAGCUUGUUGAUGAUGGUAUGGGGAAUUUGGCCAAGCCUAAAGCACCUUACACACUCGACAAGGCUCAGAAAAAGGUAUUUUGUGAGUGGGUACGUGACUUGAAGUUUCCAGAUGGCUUUGCAUCGAACUUGAGUAGAUGCGUGGAUCUUAGUUGUAGUAAAUUGCAAGGAUUGAAGAGCCAUGACUGUCAUGUAUUCAUGGAGAGGCUGUUGCCGGUUGGUCUAAAAGAAUUGCUUCCUUUGCAUGUUUGGAAGGCGAUAACCGAAAUAAGUCAAUUCUUUCGAGACUUGUUGCUUAACCACUUAAAACGUAAAGUGGGAAACAAAGCACGUGUUGAAGGUUCAAUAUGCAAUGCCUACGUAACUGAGGAGAUAGCGAACUUCUGCUCCAACUACUUUCAGCCCGGGGUUGACACAAAAUCAAGGGACUUAGGAAGAAAUGUCAAUCCUGAUGUCGCUAGCACACAUGGUCUUGGUGUCCCCGAGUUGUUCAGGGAAGACUGCGGUCGACCGGGAACAGAUGGACGUUUGCGAUGGUUGCAAGACAAGGAGUACGAUCGAGCACAUCUUUACGUACUUGCAAACAGUGGCAUCUUAAGUGAUUAUGAAAGGCGAUUCGAGGAUUAUAUUGUCAAUUCAAGACCGAACAUUGCUAAGGAUGAUGUGUGGAGCAAAUGCGAAGCCGAGUUCCCUAGUUGGUUCAAGACAAAUGUCCUUGGUGCCAUGACAAGUGACGAUGUCACUCGAGCUCUUGCUAUGGGUCCUUCCAGACAAGUGAGAACGUGGAAUCAGUUCUUUGUGAAUGGAUAUAACUUUCAUACACAGGAAUAUGGCAAGAAUAAGUCAACUAUGAACUAUGGUGUAUGUGUACAAGCUGCUGAUAGAGCUGAUUACUUUGGCAUUUUGGAGGAGGUUAUUGAACUGGUGUACCAUGGUAAUUUGGCUGUUUAUAAGACAAUUUUGUUCAAGUGCAAUUGGAUGGACUCGGACAAGGGUAUGAACAUUCAUGAACAGUACAAACUUGUGGAAGUCAAUCACACCAAGAAAUACCCAAAAUAUGAUCCGUUUGUAUUGUCGUACCAAGUUAGCCAAGUAUACUACGCGCCGUAUCCCAGUCUUAGGAGGGAUAAAAUGCAAUGGUGGGCUGUGUUUAAAACGAAGGCAAGGUCCGAAGUUGAUGCCCCGGUUGAUUUGGAUGUUCUCCAGGAGGAAAGAGUUGAUACCGCUGCAGUUCUUUGUGCUCCGGAUGAGAUACCAGAUUAUGAUGCUGGUGACGACAACAAUAAUGAUGAGAUCAUGGAAUUUGAGGCGCCGAAUGAACAAGGAGAACCAAGUGAUUAUGAAAGCAGCGACGAGACUGGUGAUUUGACUGACGAUGAUGAUGACGAGGAUGAUUUGUUUGAUGACGUUUAGUGUAUUUUGUUACCUUAUGUAGUUUGCUUUUGUUGUAAGACAAUAUGUUUGUCAUUUUAUCGCUAGUGCAGACCUCUAUGUGUAAGACAUAUUAUUUAUUUUUAUUAUAUGUGUUUUAGUCAUUUAAUAUGUUUUUAAUUUGAAGCUUUUUCCAAAUUGAUUAAUUAUGUGAUUUUCAAUAUUUUGUACUACGGUUUUAUAAUUUGUUUAUG